CUGGUCCGGGCCCAGCCUAUGGGGGCGCUGGGCGCUGUCACGUGGCCCUGGAGCCCCCGAACGCUGCCUGCUGCGGAGCUUGCAAGAGCCGGACCGAGCCGGGCCGGGGGGACUGUGUGGAGGCGGAGAUCCAUCCGAUCGUUUGCAAACGAUGACCGGCACGUGAUGAUGAAGCACUCAACCAUUUACCCGUCUCCAGAAGAACUCGAAGCUGUCCAGAACAUGGUUUCCACAGUGGAGUGCGCCCUCAAGCAGGUCUCCGAUUGGAUGGAUGAAAUGAGCAGGUCCAGCAGGGCCGAGGGCAGCAUGGACAGCAAGGAGGAGCCUUCAGACGUGGGCAGCGGCAAGGACCAUGGUGGCCGGGUCUUGUGUGGAGUGAUGAGGAUUGGCUUGGUAGCGAAAGGUCUGCUGAUAAAAGACGACAUGGACUUGGAGCUGGUUCUUAUGUGCAAAGAGAAGCCCACUGAGACCUUACUGUCUCUCGUCAAAGACAACCUCCCCAUCCAAAUCCAGAAACUCACAGAGGAGAAAUAUCACGUGGAGCAUCAUGUGAGUGAGGCAGCCAUCAUCAUCCGUAGCACAAAGGAGCUUCCACUAACUCUCAAGGUGACCCUAACCUCCCCUCUAAUCCGGGACGAAGCUGAGAAGAAGGACGGAGUAGACAGUGUUCCGAUGAAAGACCCUCCGGACUUACUCGACAGGCAGAAAUGCCUUGAUGCUUUGGCGUCUCUGCGGCACGCCAAAUGGUUCCAGGCAAGGGCAAAUGGACUAAAGUCCUGUGUGAUUGUGCUGCGUAUUCUGCGAGAUUUGUGCAACAGAGUCCACACUUGGGCGCCGCUGAAAGGAUGGCCACUGGAGCUCAUUUGUGAGAAAGCCAUAGGCACGUGCAAUAGACCCUUGGGUGCUGGUGAAGCUCUGCGGCGAGUGAUGGAGUGUUUGGCAUCAGGGAUCCUGCUACCUGGUGGGCCUGGUGUGCAUGAUCCAUGUGAGCGGGAGCCAACGGAUGCCUUGUCCAACCUGACUGUUCAACAGAGAGAAGCCAUUACCCACAGUGCCCAGCAUGCCUUGAGACAGUCAGCUUUUGGGCAGAUCUACAAGGUGCUGGAAAUGGAUCCUCUCCCUUCCAAUAAGUCGUUCCAGAAAUAUUCCUGGUCAGGAUCCGACAAAGAAGGUGCAGGCUCUUCCGCUUUGAAGAGGCCUUUUGAAGAUGGGUUGGGAGAUGAGAAAGACCCAAAUAAAAAGAUGAAGCGUAACUUGAGGAAAAUCCUUGACAGCAAAGCAAUAGAUCUCAUGAAUGCUUUGAUGCGUCUCAAUCAGAUACGGCCUGGAUUGCAGUACAAGCUCCUUUCUCAGUCUGGCCCUGUCCAUGCCCCGGUCUUCACCAUGUCAGUUGAUGUGGAUGGCACGACGUAUGAAGCUUCAGGGCCUUCCAAGAAAACCGCCAAGCUUCAUGUUGCAGUGAAGGUUUUGCAAGCAAUGGGCUACCCCACCGGUUUCGACGUGGACAUGGAAUGUACGAGCUCUGAUGAGAAGUCAGACACUGAAGGCAAAAACGAGACAGUCUCUUCAAACUCAAGCAAUAACACUGGAAACUCUACAAUCGACACCUCUGCUACCUUGGAGGUGAGAACUCAGGGUCCCAUCCUCACAGCUAGUGGCAAGAAUCCGGUGAUGGAGCUCAAUGAGAAGCGGCGAGGUCUCAAGUAUGAGCUCAUUUCAGAGACAGGCGGCAGCCAUGACAAGCGCUUCGUGAUGGAGGUAGAAGUAGAUGGGCAGAAGUUCCGAGGGGCUGGUCCCAACAAGAAGGUGGCCAAGGCAAGCGCAGCUUUGGCAGCUCUCGAGAAGCUCUUCUCUGGCCCCAACGCAGCUGCCAACAAAAAGAAGAAGAUGCUGCCCCAGACAAAAGGGAUCGUAAACACAGCCAUGUCUGCAGCGGUCCAAGUGGCUCGAGGAAGAGGGAGAGGGGCCCUCACACGGGGCGCAUUUGUUGGGGCAACAGCUGCCACUGGCUACCUAGCACCAGGCUAUGGGGCACCCUACGGAUACAGCACAGCUACUGCCGCACCAGCUUACGGGAAAAGAAAAGAAAAAAGCUCGUUUAUAUUUUUUUUAAUUCUCAACUUUCCUGAACUCCCAAAAAGCAAUACAACCCACCCCGGCUCUUAAAACCACAGCAAUAGAUGUACAAAAAGAAUGUCGUUUGGCUACUUCUGCAUUUCACUAAGGAAGGAACAACCCUGUCAAAAAGAGGAUUGGGGUUUUUUUGCAUUCUGAGCACUGGGUUAGCUGCUCUGGUCAAAUUGUUGGCACUCCAGUCUGGGCUUUUGAGUCUGAGCAAUGGGAGGGAACAUUUUUUCUCUCUCUCUCCACUCCCCCCCCACCUGCCCGCCCCCUGGAUUGCAGCAAUGGGGUGGGAAGUUUCCUGGUUUCUAGAUGGGGGUUUUUUUGGGCGGGGGGGAGUUAAGAAAGCUUCACUCCUUAUGCACAACUUUGUGAAACUUAUAGGCUCUUUCACCUGCAAAUAAAUGUGCCCCCACUGCUGCUGCUGCCCCCGUCUCCAUUAGCAUUUGCCCUAGAAACCUCAUGGCCUGAAGGAUGCCAUUGGAGGGCACUGGGUCCAUGGGGAACAAGCAAAUUCCUUAGGGGGGAAUCCAGCCCAAUUGCUAGCAAGAGAGUGCAGAACCUUUGGCUUCAGAUUAUAGCUCAGCAGUGGAUCUUCUGUGUGGCUUUGGUUAAGAGCCAGCUCUUUCCUAUAAAAUGGGAGCAAUAAGCCUACCUUGCAACCCCGCCCCCCCUUGCAAGGACAGGUGUAUCACUUAUAUUAUCAAUGCAGCCAAUCCUCAAGUCCUGUUGGAAUUUUUGGGGGGUCGGGGGAAGAGCCGCCCUCUUAUUCCAGCAGAGCUUGUGAGGGAUGAGCCCUCCAGGCUGUGUCCUGGGGGGUGGUAUAUCUCCAUAGCAAGUGAAUCCUUGCUAUACCUGCUUCUCAGGAGGUUUAAUAGAAAUCACGCUUCCAGCCAUUCUGGACUUCUGUUCAUAAAGUUAGGCUUGAGCUGUGGCUGGAAGAGGAAUAGCACUUCUAUUUGUUGGCCCAGAGAAUGUUUCUGUUUCUUCCUUUUCAACCAUGCUGCUGUUUCACUGCACCUUACUGUUAAUAGGCUUUCCUCUGUAGUUUUUUCCACUUGUGAAAUGGAAUGUAAAUAUCCAGGGAGGAUUUUCUGUUUUUCUUUUUUUACAUAUUUAUUUCUUUGGUUAAAUACCAAUUUAAGUUGUGUUUUUAGUGUCCUGCUCAAGGAAUUGACCGCAAGGAAAAUAUUAUUUGUGUUUUGUCUUAAGACACCAUUAGCACUGAGGCAGGCAGCAUUCAGAGGACUGCUUAGUGGAAGAGUGCCUGCUUUGCAUGCAGAAGGUCCCAGUUGAACCCCCAUGGCAUCUCCACAUGGGCCUGGGAACCCUGGAGAGCCACUGUCAAUCAGCGUAGGAGCUGGGUGGACCCCAAUAGGGUGACCUGGUUCCUAACACACUUCUGAGCAGGUGGUUCAAUUACUGUUGUCCUCACUGAAAAAUCCUCAGUUUAGAGCUCUCUCUUUCUCUCUUUUGUGUUCCAUCUGAAUGACCUAAAUGCAGCGCAGCUGGACCAGAGAGUAGCCUGGUUUGUGUCUGGGUGGGGAACCCGUGGUUGGGGGCUGAUGACAGCUGGAGUCCCCAGUUUCCCCAACACUCUCUUAGUCCAGAGCCCACCCUGCUGGUGGCAGCCCUGGUCCCCAGCACCCAGUAAUUUAGCAGCGGGUGACCUCUAGACGGUUCUGUUUGGGGCACCUGCAGUUAUAAUGAUGAAAAAGCCUUACCUUCACUCCGUGAGUCUGCCUAAUUCCCCCCUUUUAAAGCAGCCUGUGCUGAAGCGGCCAAACUUUUUCUGGCACUGAAUCCCCACCCAUUUUAGACGCUGCAGUCCUUGAGGUGGGGGGCUGGUGCUUCCACAGGCCAUAACCCACACCCCCUUUUCUGGGCUUGUGCUGAAACCACCACCCUCAUUUGCUGGCUUCUGAAGAACAGAAGAGGAUGUCCCAUAAUAACUGUCAUGAAUAAGAAAUGAAUGUUUUCUUAUCAAUAAUUAAAUCUGAUCACUUAA